CAUGCGUGGCCGGAAGUCGUGUCCUAACUGUGGCACCCCUCCGGAGAGCCAUGGCUGCCGGCGCUGCCAAGUCGUUCCUGGCCGAUGCAGGCUACGGCGAGCAGGAGCUGGACGCCAACUCGGCCCUCAUGGAGCUGGACAAGGGGCUCCGGUCUGGCAAACUCGGGGAGCAGUGCGAAGCUGUGGUCCGUUUCCCCCGGCUCUUUCAGAAGUAUCCCUUCCCCAUUCUCAUUAACUCAGCCUUCUUGAAGCUGGCCGAUGUUUUCAGAGUUGGAAACAAUUUCCUGAGGCUGUGUGUGCUGAAAGUUACACAACAGAGCGAGAAGCACUUGGAGAAGAUCCUGAAUGUGGAUGAAUUUGUGAAAAGAGUGUUUUCUGUAAUUCAUAGCAAUGAUCCAGUUGCACGGGCCAUCACACUUCGGAUGUUGGGAAGCAUGGCGUCCAUCAUUCCAGAAAGGAAGAAUGCACAUCACAGUAUUCGCCAGAGCUUGGAUUCCCAUGACAACGUGGAAGUUGAAGCUGCCAUAUUUGCUGCUGCUAACUUUUCUGCACAGUCCAAGGAUUUUGCUGGAGGAAUAUGUAACAAAAUUAGUGAAAUGAUUCAAGGUUUGGCAACUCCAGUGGAUUUGAAGUUGAAGUUGAUCCCCAUACUACAGCACAUGCACCAUGAUGCUAGCCUAGCUUCCAGCUCCCGUCAGCUUCUACAACAGCUGGUGACAUCGUAUCCUUCUACCAAGAUGGUCAUUGUUACACUACACACCUUUACCUUACUUGCUGCUUCCUCCUUGGUUGACAUUCCCAAACAGAUUCAGCUUUUGUUGCAGUAUUUAAAGAAUGACCCCAGGAAGGCUGUGAAAAGACUUGCUAUUCAGGAUCUAAAGUUUUUGGCAAACAAAACUCCACAUACAUGGAGCAGGGAGAACAUGCAGACACUCUGUGAAUGUGCUCUUCAAACUCCUUAUGACAGUUUGAAACUGGGCAUGUUAUCUGUUCUUUCCACGCUGUCAGGGACCAUUGCCAUCAAGCAGUACUUCAGCAAUGCCUCAGGAACUUCUACAACUGGAAGAACUUCUGACUUAGUAAAGUUGGCUCAGGAGUGCUGUUAUCAUAACAACUGUGGUAUUGCAGCUCAUGGAGUAAGCAUUCUGACUAAUAUAUCUGCCUCUUGCCAGGAAAAAGAUCUUCUGGCUUUGGAGCAAGAUGCAGUUUUUGGUCUUGAGUCUCUUCUUGUUCUCUGUAGCCAAGAUGGGAGUCCAGGAGCACAAGCAACGUUAAGGAUCACUUUAACUUGCAUGGUGAAGUUGGUUAAGUGUCGCCCCCAUCUGAGCCAGUCAGUGGUUGAAUCCUUGUUGACGCAGCUGCACAGUGCUCAAGAUGUUGCUAGAAUUCUCAUGUGCCAUUGUUUAGCAGCUAUUGCGGUGCAGCUGCCGGUCUUAGCUGAUGGAAUGCUGGGAGACCUAAUGGACCUAUAUAAAGUGAUUGGACGAUCUGCCACAGAUAAAAAGCAGGAACUUCUGGUAUCUCUUGCUACGGUGAUAUUUGUUGCCAGUCAGAAAGCGUUAUCAUUGGAAGUUAAAACUGUUAUCAAACAGCAGCUUGAAAAUGCCUCAAAUGGCUGGACAGCUUACAGGAUAGCCAGGCAAGCCUCCAGAAUGGGCAAUCAUGACAUGGCCAGAGAGCUUUAUCAAAGCCUGCUGACUCAGGUAGCUUCAGAACACUUCUACUUCUGGCUGAAUAGUUUGAAGGAGUUCUCUCAUGCAGAGCAGUGCCUGACAGGGCUUCAAGAAGCUGAUUACAGUUCAGCACUUUCUUGCAUUGCUGAAUCCUUAAAAUCCUAUCACAAAGGGAUAGCAUCACUAACGGCUGCCAGCACACCACUUAACCCCCUGAGCUUUCAGUGUGGGUUUGUCAAACUCAGGAUUGACCUUCUACAGGCCUUCUCUCAACUCAUUUGCACCUGCAACAGUCUGAAAACUAGUCCACCACCAGCCAUUGCUACAACAAUAGCCAUGACAUCAGGAAAUGACCUCCAGCGGUGUGGGCGCAUUUCUAACCAGAUGAAACUCUCUAUGGAAGAAUUCCGAAACUUGGCUACACGGUAUGGGGAUUUGUAUCAGUCCUCUUUUGAUGCUGACUCAGCAACUUUAAGGAAUGUAGAACUACAACAACAGAGCUGCCUGUUGAUUUCUCAUGCAAUUGAAGCCCUGAUUUUGGAUCCUGAAUCUGCAAGUUUCCAGGAAUACACUUCAAGUGGAGCUGCACAUGUUGAAAGUGAAUAUGAAAGAAGAAUGAUGUCUGUAUUUAAUCAUGUAUUGGAAGAAGUGGAAUCGCUGAACAGGAAAUAUGCUCCCGUGUCUUACUUGCAUACAGCUUGCUUGUGCAGUGCAGUCAUUGCUUUGCUGAAAGUUCCCCUUUCAUUUCAAAGAUAUUUUUUCCAGAAACUACAGUCGACAAGCAUUAAGCUUGCUUUGUCCCCAUCUCCACGGAACCCAGCAGAGCCCAUUGCAGUACAAAACAAUCAACAGCUGGCGUUGAAGGUGGAGGGAGUGGUUCAGCAUGGCACCAAGCCAGGCCUCUUCCGCAAAAUUCAGUCUGUCUGUUUAAAUGUAUCUUCAACACUGCAGAGCAAAUCUGGACAAGAUUACAAGAUCCCCAUUGACAACAUGACUAAUGAGAUGGAGCAGAGGGUGGAACCUCACAACGAUUACUUCAGUACUCAGUUUCUAUUGAACUUUGCAAUCCUUGGUACCCAUAAUAUCACAGUUGAGUCCUCUGUAAUAGAUUCAAAUGGUAUUGUUUGGAAGACUGGGCCAAAAACUACCAUUUUUGUUAAAUCCCUUGAAGAUCCAUACUCACAGCAGGUUCGCCUUCAGCAACAGCAAGGACAGCCAGCAUCGCAGCAGCAGCAACAGCAGCAGCAACAGCAGCAAAGAACAGCAUACUCACGGUUUUAAUCCUCAGAAGUGCCAUUUGCUUUUAAGGGGCCAGCUUAGUAAUAUCUCACUUUUCUUGGACAUGGCAGAUGUCACUUUUUUUCCUUUUGAUGUUCCUGUCAGUUUUGUACUCUGGGCAUUUUUACAUGUGAUCCUGACAUGGUGCUGGGAACUUUUAAUUAGUGAGCCACGCUAGUUAAAAGUGCCCACGCAUCAUGUGUAUCAGUGGCAAAAUUGGGUAAUACACGCUUGCACUGAGAGUGUUUUAUUUCGUCAUUUUAUCAUUGCGGAGAUGCGCUGUACCACUGAUGCAUGAGGCAGAGUGCAGCAAUUUAUGUGCUUCAGGAGACUUGAGUAAUCGGGUCUGCUCAGUACAGUGUGUUGGAGCAGGAUCCCUGCAUGUGUGUAAGUGCCCAAUGUUCUUAGUUGCCAUUGUUAUUGCAUUCCCAUAGCUAAUCAUCAAGGGGCAAAUUCAGGCUCCAGAAUAAAUAGGUGUGGCUCAGUUUAAAUGGAGAAUUGCUCUUUUUUUUGUAUAGUGGGUCUUCAGUUUGGGAACCUAGCUAUAUAUCCUUUUCCAACACCAGUUGUACAACAGUUUUGGAAAUUAGCCAGCUGGGAGGCUGUCAAAGUUAUCUGGCUAGCAUGUUUCAUUGUCAUCUUAGGAUAUGGACUCUGCUAUGUACCUGCAUGCUGCUUCCAGAUGGAUUCUGAUGUUUGGAAUCUCUCUUGAGCCACUAAUGAUACUCAGAUUUUUCAUACUAUUAAUGCUAAGCAAAGAGGGCAUCUCUCAAUGUGUAGCAGUUGGCAGGAAUGUCCAGGCAUCCUUUCAGAUGAUAUGCUAUUAGUUUUGUGGUUUAAGCGGAAAUAUAUUGGCAUACCAGCCAACAGCAUUUUGUCUGAUGUUCAUGUAGCACUGUGUGUGCGCUUGUUCUCUCAGUGCUAUAUAUAAAUGUCCUAAAGGGAUAUCAGCUGGAGAACAGAGAUUUUUUUUAAAAGGACAGCACAGAUUUAGCAGUGGAAGCAAUUUGGUUUGUUCCUUAAGCAGGAGAACAGAAUUUUUUUUAUAUUUCAUCUUUGUCUCCAUUUCAGAAACUUAUUUUAUUUGUUUACACAGGAGGAAAGAAGAUGAAUUUACAAGUUACCUGUUUUAUCUUGAACUAUUUGCUUUAAAAAAUGGACUUAUUAAAUGGCAGAGCUCUGGUGCUUGGCAAGUGUGAUCUUUGGACUAUGUUGGUCAGUUCAGUAGGUAUUGUGGAAGAAUUUCACUAAUAAAUAGCUCUCCUGUUAGUUGGUUUGUACUCAGUUUAAAAAUAUAUCUGCUCACAAAUACACCUUUAUUCCUUACCUGAAACCUAGAAAAAGGCCCAGAGGGCUAAGCCCAACCAGUGUUUUUGUCCUUAGGAAGUGCAUCACAUUAUAUAUAUAUGAAGCCUAGCCUUUAUGAGUAAUACCUGCUCAGUACUCCAAAUGAAACCUGGAACUAUGUCAAGGAUCCUGCCAGUGUUCUGGAGGAGGUUUUUUCCAGGCUCCAGUUUUGGCAAAUAAUUUAAUUGCUGUGCAGAGGAGGAGGUAUGUUUCUUGUGACCUGCUUAGCGGUGAAUUCCUAUUAUACUCAUCACUGGCAUAUUUGGGUGUCUUUAGGUCCUGUAUGUUAUCCUCACUAGUUUAAAAUACUGAUGUGCAGUUGUUCAUCAAAGUUGUCCUCUCCAAGACAGACUUGAAUGCAGUCUUUGUCUGUGUAGAUGGGCUUUACUGCUGUAGUUGCCCAGCCAUUUUUUUUUAAUGGAUAGAAUAUAAUAAAAACUUUUAAAACCUAAGUCUGCUUGCCAUACAGGAAUGAAGAACAGGGGCCUGUUACCCAUUUUUCUUAGACAAUUACAGAGCUUUCUUGGCUUUUGAUUUUUUUGGAAAAGAAAACCUGAAUUAAGCAUGGUUGGUUGUGAUCUCGCAAGGGUUUUGCAAUUUGUCUUUUAAUUUCAAAGCAUGAAAGAAAUUAAGUGCAUCAGAAGAAGCAACUGAAUCUUAAAAAGGUUUUUUCAAGGAAAUGGGAAAAUUUGAACAGGGUGUCUGACUCUUGUUUAUGAAUGCUGAAAGAAGUGGCUGAUAAGUUUGGUGAAAAGGAAGUGCACUUUCCUGACAUAUGUGCUAAAACCACACCAUGGUACUACACAUCAGAGUGAAGUUACAAAUAUUAGCCAGUCAGACUGCCAAAAGCUUAAUUCUGAAGAGCGCUGUUAUAUUGAUGUCAAUGGCACAGUCCAUAUGGUCUCAUCACCCUAGAGUUCAUGUACUUCAUAGUUGUAAGGAACCCAUUCUUGGGACAUUCCUCUGAGAAAAAAUAUCUUGUCUUCCUUUUCCAUCUAGGCAAAUUGAGGCCUAGAGAGAGAGGACCUGCCUGUGCACCCACACAAAGUUUGUGGCAGUCAGGAAUUUAACUGUUUUUAAGUCUCAUUCCCAGUGCCUGCCUGCCUUCCUUCCCACAGUGGAAACAGUAAAGGAGGAGCACCAGAGAAAAAGGUUAAGCUAUUAAUUUCUUACUGUAAAUAAUGAAUGUUUGUUUCUCUCAUGAAAUUACAUAAUAUACUGACUGAAGUAUGUGACAACAGCGUAACUGAACAGCCAAGAACUGAAAUUGCCACAGGACUUGCAAGAAAUUAGUUGUCUCUUUUUUUUUUUUUUUUUUUUUGGAUGGGGGGGCUAGAGGGGGUUUUUGUUUUUUUUUUGUGGUGUUUUUUACAUUGUACAAUUACAUCUGUGAAUGUACUAGGAAAAUUUACCCACUAAUAGCUAUGGUCUAAAACUGAAUGAUCUGCAAGGCAGUAAGAUUGACCCAAUUACGUGCAGAAUAAGACUGUAUUUUAAAACAUGUAUUUCUUUUUCUCGGAGACAAGCUUGUUGAUCUGAUCUGACAAUGCCUUCAAAUGCAAGGCACAUUUGAACCCUGGUUUGGGUCCAGGCAGAUCAGGCCUGAAUGCAAUAUCUGGGAUCAGAGGCCAAUUUCUUAGUAAAUGCCCUAGAGUAAUAGUAUUUUUUUGUACUGUAUUUGGGGGGGGGCGGGGGGCGCUUCAUGAUUACAGUGAUACAUGGGACGUAAAUGAUUGAGGAGAGAGAAAACAGGAAUUUCACCAAGUAAUAAAGCAGGAGCUGCAAGUGAGGAGAACAGUAUCAUCAGAUAAAAUUACAUGGAAACAGGAUGUCAAUUUUUGUUUCCACCCUCAGCUGAAAUGUUGGUUUGUUGAUGCAGCAAGAACACCAGCUCAUUUGCCAUUGAAUAAGUCAUUAGGUUUUACUUGGUUAGGAUUUUAGUCCUCUCGGAUUGCUGAGUUUAAGGAUUUUCAGUGUCUAGUUAUUUCUUAAAUAUUUUUUUCUUAAUCUUGUAACUGGAGGGAGAGCAGCUGGCUCCCUGCCAGCAUGCUCAUUGGCUAGCUGUCAGUCUUGCACACAACUUUGUCCAUGUUGCCACCAUGUGGCAAUGAGGACAGGGCUGUUGUGGAGGUAGCGGGGGGAUGGAGGGUAUGGAUGACUAGCUCAUUCAUAACACACAGCUGGAUGGUGAGGUGGCGGUGGUGGUGUUACCAUCUUUUAUUUAAAACUAAUGUGUAAAACAGGUUUAGUAACCUUUAAGAAGUGUUGGGCUGAAAUAAGGGUCCGAAGGUAGGACAUUGCUUAUGAUGUGGCUGCUGUUGUCUUCACUCUACGCCUCUGCGGCUGCCGCAUCACUUCCUGCUCUGUAUCAAGGGCUGCUCUUUUCGUCUCAGUCCUCUACUUCAGCUUCUGCCACUCCAUUCCCAUCACUAAAUCCUGUUGCCACGGACUGCCACAAAUGGCAAAUUUGGUGACAAGACAUGUGGUAAGUGGAUAUGAAAGAGCAGGGAGGGCAGGAGUGGCAGGAGGUGGCGCUGCAAAAUGUACAGAGCAGUGUGGUGAAGGGGGAUGUGCCAGGGUAAACUCCAGUGCAACAGACAGGGGACCUGGGGGUUCCCCCUCUGUGUUUGCACUGGUGUCUCUGAGACCACUCCUGCUUAUGAUGCUGUGUGGUUCUUCCUGCCAUUGAAUCACAGAUAUUGCAGCUUUAUGGGCUGAACGUAGUCAUUUGCUGGGCUGGAUCCAGCCUGCAGGCUCGUAGAUUGCUGACCCCUGGUCUAGAACAUUUGCCUAGGAAAUGGAAGAGCUAGGUUUAAUGUUUGUACCUGAAGAGGUUCAAACACGCAUUGCCCACCUCCAAGGAGUGUAUCUUAACCUUUGGACUAUAGGCAAAGCUGGGAUGGCAGCACUUUUCUCUCUUCAUUUUGUGGCUGUGGAGCCAAAAUGCAAAAAUCUUGGGUCUAGAGGCGAAGCAAGAGGGGGCUUGUAGUCCAGUGAUGAGGGUACUCUACAGGGACAGGAGUCCUGGUGUGUGAUCCUUGCUCUCAGAACUGUGUAUGCAUUUUGGAUUAGUAAGUGGCUAUUCUCAUGUUAAGGUACAGUCACCAAAGUCUGCAUACACACACACAUGCACAUGCUGUUUUGUCUUGCACCAUAUGUGUGUGUGUGUGUGUGUACUGUAUAUAGUGAAAGACAAGACAGUUGUUGCUCCAAAAGAGAACUCAGAAUAGGAUUAAAUGCUUUUGCCUGGAGAGCAUAUUUCCAGAGAGUGAUAUAUCUGUGAGUUUAUCAUUGGGGCAAAACAAAGGUGGUAAAUCCAUUUUUCUUUCUCUGUAAAAAGGGAAGCAUGACACAGUGAUCAAAGCCAUAAGGGUAGGGGUAAGUGGGGCUAGGUCUUGUCCUUUCAGUCUUGUUGAGCUUAAGGAAGACAUUCAACCACUGUGUACCUCAGUUCUGACAUUUGUAAACCUGGAAGAAUUAAACUCUUCUCAUGUUGGUUUUAUACAGCAGAAUUCAUUGGCUACCAUGUGAGUCUUUGCUGCUAUAGAAGUGCAAGGUGUUGUGGCACAUACAAAAUAAAAAGGUGGGCUUUUUAUUUCUUCAGCACCGAGCACAAUGAGGUCCUGAUUUGUGACUAACAUCCAGCCACUAAUUCAGUGCAAAUAAUAGCAAACUUGGCAUUGCUUUCAUUAUCCUCAGCUGUGGAAUUGGGAAUAACACCCUUAAAAAUUAAAACAGUGUUUUAUUUAAAGAAAUGUCACUAACGUAUCUCUUAAUUUGGUUUAAACCUUUUAAUAUAAUUUUUGGAGGCCUUUAUGUCAUUGCCCUGAGCCAGACCCUCCGAGUGUUUUUGUGAAAAUAACAUGGUAAAUGGUGGUUGUAUCCGUUAAUACUAGUGACUACAUGUGUGUAGUUAGUGAUAGUUUAAACAGUGACAAGUGACUUGGAGAGAGUGGGUACAUUGUUUUGGAAGUGUUUUAAUGGCAGCUAACUCCUUAGAGGAUACAAGUGAGUAUCUGCUUAUGAAAGGAUUGAGAGGGUGAGAACUCUAGUGCUCUGCUUUAUCGCCUAGGGGGCUUCUCCCCUGGGUGCUGUUCCCUUCUUACCCUUCCUUUAUCGAGAGCUUCUACCCAUUCAUGCUCAAUAUCACAAGUUUUAUCCCUUAAUCAGCCAGUUGUCAACUAUAGCAUAAUACCUCUUUCCUAGUUCAUUGAAGCUCUUGCCUAUCCCAAUUCCUGCUUCUUCCUUCCCUGCCUCCUCCCACACUGGGAUAAGCACAGGCCUCUUUGAAUAGCUUCUGCUGAUAUCAAAAUUGGUUGGGAUUGUGAAAGCAGUUUCGAGUAGUUUGCUACUACUGCUUCCAGUGGCUGGGGGUGCUUUUAGAUGUUGAUGCAAUUAUUUGACUCUAGGAGUUGGGAUAUAAUGUGUAAAAUAGAUGUCAUGAGAACUGUAAUAGCAUAGUGAGAAAGUCAGAAAUUCUGUGUGAAUGCUGUUAGUGUUCUUGGUAUGACCUUCAAGCUGUUUGAGAUUAGAUGAAACCAGGUAGUCAGUCAUUUAGCUGUUUCGUUGUUUUGGUGGGGAAAAGGAAAACGAAAGUUACCAUUAAUAAAACUCUGGGAAAUUGCUAUCAUCAGUUCACUCCAGCAAAGAGUCAAGAGAUCCCUUAGUUAAGAGUCACUCCUUAGUCACUUCAAGUCCAGGUAAGAGUCGCUCCUUUCCCACAACAAGCCUGGAGAGAAAGAUGUUGCACUGUUACUAAGCCUAGUUUAUAUAAUGGGGGCAGUCCCAUCCAGAGAAAUGGAGACUUGGCAGUGAAUCCAUAGCCCUGCCUUGUAAGAUGGAACUUAACAGAACUGGGAGCACUUUGUUUGCUCUGUUGCAUGGCUAGGAAUAUUGUCCCUCUCAGAAUGAUUUGGCAGAUGAGAUAAGAGGGAACAAAGUGCAACUUGGGUUUGUUUGGCCCUUAAUGAGUUUUCUAAAACAACGCAGACAUGGUUAGCCAUCAUAGUUAAAGCCAAGCUGCCAACUGGUUCAGUUCCACCCCCUACUUGUCAUAUCCGUUGUUGGUGCACAAGGCCUUAAAGGUGAAAAGGAGGAGCUAGCGGAACAGGAGAGCAGUGCUUACACUUACAGAUAUGCUAGUCAAAGCAUUAUAACCUGCUGGCAAGUGGUUUAGUACUCUAAUAGCUCAGACUGAUGCAGAGAAAUUUGACAGGAAUCAAAUUUCCAGGUAGAAGCUUAAGUUUCCUAUGUGGGGGAUAAUUGGAACACAUAACUUGCCCUUCGUGUCAUCACCAUGAGAAUAAACUCCUUGAUAGAUUUCCAAGCUAGACGGUCAUUAUAGCACUCUUCAAAACCAUUGUACAUAAUUUAUGCUUGGAGGGGACCAGGUCUAUGACUCAUUUGUGCCACAAUGAAAUAUUGAGGUUUUCAAGGCACUUCAGUUACAGAGGUGGCCUGGCACAAGGAUAGGGUCUACUGAGUUAUGAUAUUGUUACCCAGUCCAGUUCAGUGAGAAGGAAAUAGAGUCCAGUCUGCUUGAGAAAAAAGUGAAAUUGUUUAAAUAGAUAGGUAAAAAAACUACAAUAGUGGUCACCUUUUGUUAAGAUGUAUAGGACAUUACUAAAACCUUUAAAAUUCUACUGUAGUUUUUACCCAGCAAGCUGAGCCUUAAAAUCAAAAUAACUGUCAUGUAGCAGGAAAGCACAACUGUGAUAGAGGGAUGAUGCUUUGUGAGGAGAAGUCUGCAAUCCAUAUUGCCCUUAAAAAAGUUCCUUAUUAUCGAAGAAGAGGUAAAAAUAUUCUCACUUCAAAAUCUGCAUUUGAAAUCCUGUUUUUAAAACGUUUUGAGGGGACUAUUUCUGUGAAAUAAGGACCAUAUUGUCCUCUUUAAUUCUGAGUACCAACAGUCAGAAGUCUCCAUCACCAGUGUUCUUGACUGGCCCCAAAGAACACUGUGAAUCAUGUUCAAAAUUACUCUUUUGCUUCUAGCUUUGUUGGCCUAUCGUUGCAUUGGCAGAAUUUGCAUAGGACUGACUGUGCGCAGAACUGAAUGUGGUAAUUUAAACCACAAGACAGAUUGAGAUGCUCAUUGCAAAUCUGACCUCCGGUCUCCCAGCUCCUGUUUCCUACAUAAUUAGGUCUCUGGCAGGUUGAGAUCGGUUUGCGUAUCUAAUUCAAGAUCUUUGUGUAUAAAAUUUCAAGUUGACUCUCUUUUCAGUCAGUGGCUUAUAUUGUUCACCCUUACAAUGCGUGAUGACAGCAUACAAACGUAACUCCAUUAAUUUGCAGGUACUCUGUAAUGGCCUUUUUAUAGUAGCCCUGCAAGAUUUUUACAAACAUUCAGUUAAAUGUUUGUAAAAUUGCCAGAGGCUACAAAGGAUCACACAACAAGUUUAGCCAGUCAUAUCUUUUGAGAAUCAGAUCAGUUGCAAUUAGAUUUACCAGAAGAACACUUUCAGCUGUUUGCAUGGAGAAUUAGGUAUCCUUUUUUUCAAUAAGAUAUAAAAUGUAGAGGUUUCCCCAUGGGGUUUUUUUUUUAAGAAAGAAGAUUGGAUCAUAUUCAGCUUAAUGUAGGUAAACAGCACUUAAACUUUUCUGAGGCCUGACCUAGACCUGCUUUGAUUCACUCUUGGGGUGCAGCAUUGCCCAAGAGAUUCGUCAGGAGCCCAUUAUUUUCUUAGCUUGCCCUGGACUCCAUCCUGCACUGGGUAAGAAGGGUUCGGUCUCCAAGCAGUUGCUUACACUGGUCAUGGUCUCAUACCCAAUAGGAAGAUAGUUUCUGGUCCUAGGACACGGCCCAGAAUUUGGAGCUCAGAGCUCUCACCUGAAAUAUGUACAUCCGAAAAAUACAUGGUAUUGCAUGACAUUUAUGGCUAAAAGAAGGCAUACUGAAUCAGCUUGCUUUGUCUGAACAAUUUCCAGCAUGUCUUCAUUGUGUAUAUCCUGUCCAAAAGUUUUGUGCUAAUUGAUGCAACAGUCCUCCGUGACAAUAAUAAGCUGCUUGUAAUAUGUAAGUAUCCUGUUCAGUGCUGGUCACUGUGCUUCAAGAAGGAUGUAGACAGGCUGGACGUGGUUCACAGAACAGCAAUAAAAAUUAGGGUUUAAAAAAGUUGACUGUGAUCUUGAAGGAACUGAGUUUUAGUCUAGGCAAGAGAAGACACAAGAUAUGAUAAAUCCUCCAGUAUGUUGAUUAUUUGUUAGAGGUGAUUGAUUGUUCUCCAUGGCUACAGGGGGAAGGAUGAGAAGAAAUUAACUUAGUUUGCAAGACAAGUGUAGGUCAGAUAUUAAGGAAAACUUUCUUAAUGGUGGGAUGAUGAUACACCUGGAGUCAGUGCUACCUCAGGAGCUGGUACAAUCUCUUUAUUGGAGGAUUUUUAAAAAUAGGGUAUACAGGUGUCUGUCACAUGGUCUAAAGCAGGGUGCCAAGCAUAUGGUCUGCAGGUCAGGUCUGGCCUGUGGUCAGGUCCAGCUGACAUGGCUGCCAGUACCUCACCAUGGCAGCAUUAAUCCUCAUGGUUUCAGCAUGGCUCUGGAACCUGUGGAGUUAACAUUGCUCACAUCCCCACACUGGUGAAAUCAAGGGUAUUUAGCUGCCCCUCGUGACAAAUCAAUGGCAGUGGAAGGAGGUGGUGGAAUUAGUGGCAAUGGCAUUAACUCCUUGGGUUCCAGAGUCAUGCUGAAACAGUGGCUUUGGCAGCCUUGGAGAUUAAUGUCACUGUUUACCGGUUGUAUGGCCUGUGGGAAGCCCUGCAGUGUGGAUUCAGAUCUGUCCUGUGGGACCCAAGCUUGAUCCCUGAGCUAAGGUACUUGAUCCUGUCUCAGUGAAGAGGGUUGGACCUGAUGAUUUCUGGAGAGUCCUACUUUUCUGUUAUUUUAGCACUUGCCCUAUUGUAUACAUCUUGUACAUAGGCAUGAGAAUCACUGAUGACAGUUUCCUUCUUUUCAGCAAACUGCAUGCAGUGAGUCCAGACCUAAAGCAGUUUGAACCUCCUUAAGUCCACUUGAUCUUCUGCUGCAGAUGGAGCAUUGAGAGCAGUUGAUUACAACUAGAUUUUUGCUAAGCUUCUGAAAACAGUCACUAAGAACAUGUGCCUUAAAGGACGAGGUGGACUUAAGGGGCAACCUUCAAAGUUCUGUGUCUCUUGAAACUGGAUGCUUAUCUUGCUGGGAUCCUAUGACCCCAGCUGACUUCUUGCCCUUUGGGCAGGGGGCUGGACUCGAUGAUCUUCCGAGGUCCCUUCCAGCCCUGAUGUCUAUGAAAUCUAUGAAAUCUUCCCUUGCAGCAGUAGGCAUUCCAGCUUCUAACACAGAGCCCUAUAAACUCAGAAAAGGUAGCCCUGCAAACUCAGAAAGAGGUGUAGGAGGAAUGGAAAUGCUUUUUGGAAGGAUAGUAGUAAUAGAGCAUGCUGCAACUUUACCAGUUUAGAUUAGUAGUGCCCAACCUUUGAGCCCUAUGGGCCAGAUGAGUGGUGAGGGGUCGGUCCAUGGAUCUGGUCAGUGGUCCCAAUCUGGUGUGUGGGCCCAAGGUCCGAUCCAGUGCAUCGGGCUAGUCUGGUCCGUGACCCCAGCCCUGUGUGCCAGAUUAGGCCUGGUCCUAUGUGCCAUGUUGCUCCCACAGUCCUGGCACAAUGCAUGGGACUGGGCCCCAGCCCCAUGUGCAAAGUCUAUAUAGUCUCUCAGGGUUUGGAAAUGUGGUGCCAGAUGGCAGACCUCUGUGGAUUGGAUCUGGGCCAUGGGCCAUGGGCUGGAGGUUGAACACCGAUCUACAUGCAUCUUUUAAUCUCUUCACCUGAUGCCUUUUUGUUGGGUUUUUUUGGGAGGGGAGGGGGGGAGUUGUUUGUUGUUUUGUGUGUGUGUGUUUUUUUUUUUGAAGCGUCAUCUGUUCUGGUUAUGGUAGGUUGGUAGAUAUGAUUUGUAUGUCAAGGUGCAGCUCCUCUGUAGUGAGAUUUUUGUCAAUGCCAACCCUUUUCUACUUUUUACUCCAAAGGAAAAGAGAACUAUCCUUUGUUUUGGAUCCUUUUUUUCUUUUAGUAAUGUUAAAGUUUUUGUUGUUUUUAAUCUAUCUGGAAAUUGAUACUGGUUACCUAAAUGCCCUCUUCAUAUGUAACUGAAUUUUCCUAAGGGAACUCUAACAGUUGCCUAUAAGAAAUGGUUAACUCUGACAGCUGAUGAAUUUCUGAUUCAUUUUUUCUAUAAGGUGCACCUCUACCUUUCCUUUUACAUAAAACAAGCUUAGCAGAGAACUAGAGUAAAAUUUUAUUGCACCUUAAAAGCAGUGUGACAGACAGUACAGAGUGUAGCUAAGAAUAGAAUUUGAUUCUUCAAACACAUUACUAUUUGCUGCCUUUUCAUGCUAUUUUUUAACAAAAAAGCUGGCUUUGCUCAUCUUUUCAUUGACUUCAGUAGGUUCUGGAUCACAUCAUAUGCCUGAUUAAGUUCAUGGACCCACAACCUUCAAUUGGAUCAGCAUUGGUGGACCUUUGCACUUCACAAAGUGGUUUAUGAAGUCACUGGAGUGCAGCACAAGGGCAAACAUUCAACUCCUGAAAAUGUGGAUCUGUUUAUCAGACUGAACUCUAGUUUUUUUUCUUACUGUGUAUAACACCCCACGCCCUACACACAUCACUAUCUAUUUAGAGUUUUUUAAAUUAUUGCAUGCUGUGCCAAGAAGCAAGAGAGGGGAUUAAGUUGUGGGAACACUGUUCAUUUAACCUAUUAUUUUUAGUUGGCUGAGUAUCAGGGGUACAUUAACAGCAAAAACAAGUAUUUAUUUAGUGUUUUAUAUUUGCUCUUCAAACAUUGACUGGUUUUUGAUAAGAGCUUGCCAAACAAAGGUUAAAUAUUGACUUGAACUUGAAAUCAGAGAACUGGUUUGAAGAAAAUAAUUUUGGGGGGUCUUUAAGAGGAGACUAGACACAUACCUGACUGGGGUCAUCUGACCCCAGCGCUCAUUUCUGCCCAGGGCAGGGGAUGGACUUGAUCUGCUAAGAUCCCUUCCAGUCCAAACAUCUAUGAAUGUUUGGACGUACCCUAGGAUCUUCAAGCCCAGAAUCUUAAAUCACAUUUUAAUGAAAUCCCAAACCUAACUGUAAAAGGGCUAAUUUUGUGGAAAAAGAUAAUGAGGGACCUCAGAUUUUUUUUUUUUUCAUUUGCCCAAGGUUGUAGAGUCACUAGCAAAUAAGGUUACAGUGUAAGAUGGGCUGAUCAAAAUAAGGCAAAGCCACUAUAAACUGUGUAGCAACAUACACAAAUUUCUGAUAUUAUUGUUCAGACUUGUUCUCUGUAGAUAGAGGACCAUAUAGAGGACGCAUGCUCUAAUACUAUCAAUAGAACUUUAUACCAUUGAAUUUCAUUUUUAAAUGACAAACUGUGAAAGAGUACAAUAAUCAAUAAGUAGUAAAUGUUAAGAGAGUUCCAUGUGUCAGGGAAAGGCUGACAUCACCACCUCUUUUGUUGUACUUUGUACGAACUGUUUUAUAAAAGCCUUGCAAGUUGAGAUUAUAUAUAGCCAGCAUGUCCUAUAAUUAUCUGCAGAAAUAUGCCUCUGAAAUAGGACUGACUUUUACAAACUAGCAAUAAUUUGGUUAUGAGAUUUUUAUAUUAAAAUUUUACUAGCAAGAAGUGUCCAGUUAAUGGUGCUGUUUUCUAUAAAAAUGAACAACUGCUUGAUUAUGAUCUUGGGGACAGUAGUAUCAACUUGGGAGAGAGGCUGAUUGAUAUGUAACCUAGCGGGGGCCAGCCUUUUUGGCAGACAUGCCACAAAUUAGCCCCAUACACUUCCCAAGUGUCACUCUGAUCCCCUUCCCUUGCCUGAUCUGCUGCUCUCCUUUCUGCUCUGUGCUUCCUCCCCAAUCUGUUGCUCUAAUUUCUGCGUUUUUCUCUCUGCUCCCUGCCCUAUCUGCUGCUUUGCAUUGUGCCCUGUUUCACACUGCUGCUUGUCUCCUCCCUGAUCUGCCAGAGGGGACACGUACUACAGGUAGGCCACCCCUGAUAUAACUGAUGAGAACUGCCAGCUCUUUAAUUAAGGUUAUUAUCCAUGGUUGUUGUUUAUAUCCAUUGUUUAUCAAACUGCACAGCAUGAUACACUUUCAUGUCAUAACUAUUUAAAUGUACCUGUAAACAGUCAUCCAAUUUUUGUUGGGCUAUGUUUUAUCUAACUUUAAUAAAUAGUCUAUGACAACCUGCAAUUUUACUUUUAAUGAGAAAUAAAACAUCCUAAGGCAACUGAG